CAAAGGGGGCGGGGCAAAGGACCACUCUGGAAAAUUGGGACACACUACGCACUCGAACCCAUCAAAGGGAACGCGCAAUUCAGGGACACAAGGGUGGAAGUGCGAGUAUUGGGACAGGGCCAGUGACGCCGUGCGCACUCCCGCGGCGUGUGAUCCGUUUUUGGCAGACCAUCACACUUUAUGGCAGACCAUCACACUUUAUGGCACAACACCGGAAGUGGCCGACAAGAAAACAUGGCUGUAAAAAACUGGAUUGAUGUCCUGAAAUCAUCACAGAAAACGGCACUAAUACACGACGGGAAAAAGAAGAUCCAUUAUCUCUUCACAGAUGGAAAAGAAAUGGCAGAAGAGUAUGACUUGAAAACAGAUGAACUCAUCUCUAGAAAGUGGCGGCAGAAAAGCACACUGGGAGUUCAGGGUGUUUGGCUGGUAGAAGUUGGGGAGCCAUUGAAUUUACCUGCAGGUCUGGAUUGUGAUGUCAUUAAAGAAAACUGCUCCAAUCCAGUGUUCAUGCGUAAGGACACAAAGAGCAGCUUUCAGUGGAGAAUCCGUAACCUUCCCUACCCUAAAGAUGUCUUCAGUGUCUCUGUAGAGCCCUCUGAGAGAUGUAUCAUGAUAAAGACCACAAAUAAAAAGUAUUAUAAGAAGUUCAAUGUUCCUGAUCUGGAUCGAAGUGAGCUGCCGCUUGAUGGCUCUGCACUCAGCUACACACAUGCCAACAACACUUUAAUAGUCAGUUACCUGAAACCCAAAGAGAUUUUAACCCUUGAGCAGGAGCUACUGAAGGAAGUGAAGAAACUGAAGGGGACGUCUGAAGGGGAUGUUGACUGUAAAACCCAGUGAAUUCUGAGCGUGCAUUUAAAGGAGCUCAUAUUGUCAGAUCCCACUUUACUUGCAAGGUUGUGUUUAAGCUUUUUGUAGUAGAUCCUUUUUUUUGGCCCCUCAGUGCCUGCCUUGUCUCUGGUCUAGUUCGUUCAGUUUUGGUGGCUAAUUAUUCCCCCCGAUGUAGACAUUUUUAAUAAAAUAUCAUACUUUCA